UUAACACAAGUAGCAUUUAUUGAAAGUAAAGAUAAAAAUUAUACAAAACUGCUUGAUAUUGUGAUUUGUUGGAGUGACAAGUUUUCGAACGAAGAUCUGAGUCACGGGUGAUGACCGGCGCUUUUUGGGAGUGCCCUUUGCUCUGCUGGCCACGGUCGUGAACAGAAGUUUUGUAGUGUGUGGUGUUGUGGCAUCCUGAGUCGGCCUUAAAUGUGCCAUUCCCAACUCAAACGGGCAGGGCACGCAUAUUGUUGUGGUCAAAAUAAGGGAAUUCCGGUUGAACACCGAAAACCCGCUGUUCGCCGAUUUUGUGGACUCACUGCCACGUGCUGAGUUCUGUUACUGAAGAUUUUGGUUGGGCAGUGCUCGGUGGCGAGCUCUGCGCUGUGUCCUGCUUUAGCGGCUGUCGCCGGAUUUUUUCCUCCGUUGAAGGAGGUGUUUGGCACCGGCUAUAAGGUGUUUGGCACCGGCUGUCCCGCAGUGCCAGACGCUUGCUGCGCCCGACGGGUGCGGAGGGGGUUGAGCCGAGUGGUGGAUAAUAGCGCGCUAAUCUUAAGUAUUUUUAAUCUGUACCAACCAAACGGCCCAACGACCCAUCCCUUCCUUUUUUAUCUAGUUUUAUUGUCUCACCCGCAAUAAAUUGUUGUCAAUUUAAAUAUCAUUUUUUUUAUUUUGCUCCGGCAAAAAUUUCUUAUUUACAUGGCGCCCGAACAGGGACGUUGUUGGGUUCGUGGAGGUUCUCCCUGGCACUGGUCUAUUGCUCAGUGACGGAUUGGUUGGUCACCUUAAACUUUUUUUUUGAUGCUGUUGUGAUACUGUGUUGAGUGUGAUCAUGCUGUGUUAGUGUUUAACUAAUAUUAGUUAAAAUUAUUGUAACUUAUUUACUUUUUUUAUGAAAGUUCAUUUUAUAAAGUCAAUAUGAAGGAGGAACGCCCUAUCCGUUUUAAUCUUUUGACUAAAGAGGAACUCAUUUACGAAGUUGUGAUCCGUGAUGCUGUGCCUGAGCGAACUAUAGAGUUGUUGCGUGCUCAGAUUAGACAUUUGGCUCAGGAUAUACCUAGCGAUGAGGUGAGUGAGUUCGAGGGAGAUGCGCUGGCUGAGCUGAAAACUAUUUCCUCCAAAAUAGACGAGCUUGAGGAGCUGUGUAAUAGGAAGCCCCUAUUACUCAAAAAGCUAAAUAGAGUGCAGACUUUAGGAAACCACGUCUUCCAUAGGUUAAGCCGUGUUGAGGCUACGGAGGAAAGUGAUAGGACUUUGUGGGAACGGUUGGAUGAGCGUCUCAUCCCACUUUUAAAACGGAUCGACCGUAUGACGCACACAUUCGUUAGCAGUUAUGAUUUUCAACCUGCUGAGGAGGAAGUUUCUGGGGUCCCUGGUUUGGCUGAGAAUGAGCCAUUAAUGGUCAAACCUGUGAAUUGUUUUGCGUGUGUUCACUCUUUGAAUUUGAGGUUUAACGGGAAAGACAGUGUGCAGGAUUUUAUUGUUAGAAUUGAGGAGUUGUGUCUGUCUCGGAAUAUUUCGAGGGAGAAAUUAUUCAACUCAGCGGUUGAAUUAUUCACCGAUGAGGCUUUAUAUUGGUACCGAGGUACUCGUGACCAACUAAAUAGUUGGGAGUAUUUAAAAGCGUCAUUAUUAGAGGAGUAUUUACCCUACGAUUAUGAUCAUCGUUUGUUGCAGGAGAUUCGUUCAAGGACCCAAGGUCCUGAUGAAUCCAUAAGUAGUUACCUAAGCAUUAUGCAGAAUUACUUUUCGAAGUUGCGUAAACCUUUGGACGAGGAAGAAAAGUUAAGCUUAAUCAAGUUGUCUACGCAUCGUCUCGACUCGCCCUCCUGCUGCCCACAUCACUACGUGCGCCGGAAGCCGGGCACAGCACUACAGCGGUCUGCGCGGGCAGCGGGAGGGGCGGCUCUCGGGAGCCGCCACUUGGACUUCCUUCCGCCCUCCGCGAACGCGCGUCGCGCACCCUUGCAUUUCUUGAUUUCUUGUAAUAACAUGAAGAACUACCAGUAAACACCUAUAAAAUACAGUCCACUCUUUUUAUUGAAGACCCUACGCUACACAAGUUUAACAUUAGGCCAUCCUAUUCCAUCCCCUUGGUCAAUGUUGAUAUAAAAUCGUGGGCUGACUUGAAAAAACAUUGUAGGCAAUUAGAAGCGGCGAGACAGAGGGCGGAAUCCUUCGCUGAACCCCCGCGCAGUGUACAGAAUACUGUCGCCCCUGACCUGGCACAUGGAGGAUGAUGAUGCGUGCCACGCAUCAUCCUCCUCAGCGAAGAAAAAAGGGAAAUCUCGGAUAAAAUCCGAAAGCCCCGUAAUUUUGUG